AUGCCGCCCCCUGGGAAAGUUCCCCGAAAGGAGAAUCUGGGGCUACAGUGUGAGUGGGGGUCCUGCUCCUUUGUGUGCUCAGCCAUGGAGGAGUUCUGCGAGCAUGUCACUCAGCACCUCCGGCAGCACCUGCACGGCUCCGGGGAGGAGGAGGAUGAGGAGGAGGACCCACUUGUGUCACAGGUAGAAGGAGAGCUGAGCUUUGGAAGGUAUCAGACUUUUCCCCCUAAACCCCUUUCCGCAGAAGAAGAAUUCUCCUGCUUGUGGCAGGAGUGUGGCUUUUGCUCUAUGGACAGUUCUGCUGACCUCAUCCGCCACGUCUACUUCCACUGCUACCACACCAAGCUGAAGCAGUGGGGGCUGCAGGCUCUGCAGAGCCAGGCCGACCUCAGCCCCUGCAUCCUGGACUUCCAGAGCCGCAACAUCAUCCCUGACAUCCCUGACCACUUCCUGUGUCUGUGGGAGCACUGUGAGAGUUCCUUCGACAACCCCGAGUGGUUCUAUCGGCACGUGGAAGCACACAGCCUGUGCUGUGAAUACCAAGCGGUCGGCAAAGACAACCAGGUGGUGCUGUGUGGCUGGAAAGGCUGUACCUGCACCUUCAAGGACUGCCGUAAGCUUCGAGAGCACCUCCGCAGCCACACCCAGGAGAAGGUGGUGGCCUGCCCCACCUGCGGGGGCAUGUUUGCCAACAACACCAAGUUCUUAGAUCACAUCCGUCGCCAGACCGCGUUGGAUCAGCAACGCUUCCAGUGCUCUCACUGUUCCAAGAGAUUUGCCACGGAGCGGCUGUUGCGGGACCAUAUGCGUAACCAUGUGAAUCACUAUAAGUGUCCUCUGUGUGAUAUGACCUGCCCGCUGCCAUCGUCCCUCCGAAACCACAUGCGCUUUCGCCACAGCGAGGACCGGCCUUUUAAGUGUGACUGUUGUGAAUACAGCUGCAAGAAUCUGAUUGACCUGCGGAAGCACCUGGACACCCAUAGCAAGGAGCCAGCCUACAGGUGUGACUUCGAGAGCUGCGGCUUCAGCGCGCGAUCCCUCUGCUCUAUCAAGUCCCACUACCGAAAAGUGCACGAGGGAGACUCAGAGCCGAGAUACAAAUGUCACGUGUGUGACAAAUGCUUCACGAGGGGCAACAACCUCACCGUGCACCUUCGAGAGAAGCACCAGUUCAAGUGGCCCUCAGGACACCCCCGUUUUCGGUACAAGGAGCAUGAAGAUGGCUACAUGCGGCUGCAGCUGGUUCGCUAUGAGAGUGUGGAGCUGACACAGCAGCUGCUGCGGCAGCCGCAGGACGGAUUGGACCCGGGAGCAUCGCUGAGUGAGAGCAGCCUGCAGGGCAUCAUUCUCGAAGCAGUGCCAGGGGAGCCGGGACCCCAGGAAGAGGCCGAAGAGGAAGAGGAGGGUGGGAGCGGUGACGGCACGGCCCUCUCAGCCUCUCAGGACACUCCCAGCCCCGUCAUCCAUGUGGUGAACCAGACCAACGCCCAGGGCGAGCAAGAGGUUGUCUACUAUGUGCUGUCCGAGGCCCCGGGAGAGCCCCCCCCAGCCCCCGAGCCCCCCUCAGGGAGCGUCAUGGGAAAGCUUCAGGGAAUAGCUGAGGAGCCACAAGUCCAGAUGGUGUGA